CCCGACGGCCGGUCAUUUCACGCGGAGAAAUUCGAUCGACGCGAGCCAGGCUCGGGGAACGUUCGACGAACAGGAGUCAACGAUCUGAAGUCGAAGAGAAGUUGAAGAUGAAGAGCAUCCUGUUGGUGUGCGUGUGUUCGUUGCUAAUCGGCGUACAGGCCAUUGGUAGAUACAGAGGACUAGAGUUUUUAGAGCCUUGCUCCAGGAGGGACUACAACGUCGAGAAUUGUCUCGCUAGAUCGGCCAACGCACUCACCGAACACUUUCGUCAUGGUUUACCGCAAUUAGGCUACCCAGAGGUAGAGCCGAUCAUCCUCGACGAGCUUCACAUCGCGCUCGGCGGUGGUCCGGAUGGAUACAGAGCGCAGUUCAAGAACAUCACGGCGAGGGGAGUCUCCACGUUACGGGUGACUGGUUUGAGGGCUAGAAUAUCGGAGGACGAGGUUCAAUUGCAAUUAGCCCUCAGCAUUCCGAAGAUCAGAGCUGCCGCCAAGUACAGAUCCAGCGGUACCUUGCUCCUGGUGAAAGCCAGCGGCGCUGGUGACUAUUGGGGCGAAUACGAAGGUGUAAAGGCGAAAGUGUUUAUCAGGGCAAAGCCAUUCGUAGUUCAAGGUCGUAAUUAUUUGAGGUUGCAGCAGCUGAAGAUGGACUUCAGUGUGCAGAAUAUUAAGAUGGGCGUCGAAAAUGUUCGUGAUAGCAACGCCAUAAUUCUGGCGGCAUUGAAUCUCUUCAUUAAUACUAAUAGCCAAGAAUUGUUAAAAGAGAUGAAACCUGAUCUGAGGAGGAAGUUAGUUCAAGUAAUGACCAGCUUCGUCGAGAGGAUUUUUGCUCAGGUACCAUACGACGCAUGGAUCAUCGACUAAACGGACCGAAAUGGCGUCUCAUUAAUUCGCUGGUAACCAUUUAGCAAAGAAGAAUGACCAAAUAUUUUCCGUCGACUGAAAAAAUAAGAAGUUCAUGGAAGACGAAUGAUUAAAUAACAAGAAUAUUAUUUCCAUCUCGUUUAUCUCUUUCAAGAAGUAUUUCUCGAUUUAAGAGCAACCAAAAUUAAUUUUUAUAAAUUAAUCUUACAUAAAACUGAAGGGUAUUAAAUAAAAUUAGGCUAUUGAGAAUCAUAGUGGUGCAGUCUACUUUUAGUUUUCCUAAGGUAGUGUCUGGUGUUAAUUUCACUAGAAGGUAAUUAUAUUUUCCAAGUCGUGGCAACGUGUUGUACUGUAAAAUAGAGUCUUAACUAAAUUGUUUUAUCGUUAAAUUAUAUUUUAAUUAUAUUUAUUGUCAUAAAUAUUAUUAAACGAAGAUGCAAAAUGAAUCGUGUUAUUACGACAAAUUGAGGGUAAGAGAAUACACAGAAUGCACAUAGUACACAAAAAUGUACGAAUACAAUAGUUCUUGCAAAUACUCAACAAAUCUCUAUCUGGAUUUUACUUUUUUCAUUAUUUUCAAAAAAAAUACAAAUUUGCAUAAAAAUUCGUGGUCUAGUUAAUUAAUCAAAAAUUUACAAUAACUCGGGUUAAGAAUGUUAAAGAAGAAACCGAAGAUACGCUUAAAAAUUGAAAUACAAGACGAAUAAAAGUUCUCGAAAUCUUAACUCACACCAUUAUAAUUUUCACUCUGCCAAAUUAAUUGAUAACGUGAAAUUAAAUUGGUUGUAAAGUUAGUUGGUUGAAUUAGUUACGAUGUAACAACGCGCAGAAUUAAGAAUUGUCUCGUUGUCUUCUAUUCUAAUUCGAAAAUUAACACGUAUUACAACGUGAUAAACACGUGCUUUGAUAUCGUUUGUGUCAUUUAUUCGUUUAUUCGUGUAUUGCAAGUGUAAGAGUGUUGCAGACAUUUUGUAAAUGUGUGUGUGUGUGUGUGUGUGUGUGUGUGCGCGCGCGUGUGACACUGGCAAGAAGUGGAUGAUUUACAAUAUUGAAUCUUAAAUACUGCGUUAUAACUAUGUUUAGCAUAUGUACUCGUGUACUCAUUGAUUGCUCUAUUAUGACUAACUGAAGAAUGAAAAUAAUGGAGGUUGGAUCAUUGCUUGAUAUUUUACCGCUCCGAUUCACUAAUUUUCCUCCAUUUUCAUUUUUCAGUUUAUAUCACUCUCUACAUUAUAUAUAUAAUAUAUGUUUUAUAUCUUGCUUA